AUGUCAGAUAACAAUAACAAUAUCAGCACAUCUGAAUUUAAUGAUGAAAGUAGUAUAAAUAAAGAAGCAAAAGAAAAAUAUAAAUUACAACAGUCCCCAUCCCCAUCCGAUCAAAGAUUACCAAAUAAUAUAUUAUUAAAAGAAACAAACAACAAUAAUAACAACAUUAACAACAAUAGUAAUAACAAUAUGGACGGUUCAUCAAAUAAUAGUGGUUUAGCUAGUUCACCAUUUUCAAAUUUAAAUAAUACAAAUCAAAAUAGAUUAAGAUUAUUAAACAGAGCAUCAUCAUUACAAAAUUUAUCAUCAACACAACCACCAUUAGUCGAUAAAAACGGAUUAUCAAUACAUCACCAUCACCACUCAAAUAAAAAUCAUGAAGAGUCAUCAAAAGUUGAAGAGAAGUUUAAUUUAAUUAAAUACGACGCAAGUAAUUCAAAUCAUCCAACUCCAAGUUCAAAAUAUGAUUUUGUUAAAGUUAAAGUUAGAUUGGAAAAUCAUUACUAUGUAUUGUCUAGAUUUUUAAUUAGUAGAGUGUUAAAUGUAACCAAAGUAGAUGCUGCCGACUCUGUAAAAAUUUCAUUGGCUUUAAAGAAAACAUUGGUAGAUCAAGGAAGAUUAACUUUAACCCAGGCCGAAUUAGAAAAUGAAUUAUUUAAAUUAUUACAACAAUAUGGUUAUGGUAAAGAAUAUAUUGAAAGAUACAAAAUGACAACUCAGUUCCAUCAUCAAAGAGUACCAUUAAUUAUUUUAAUUUCAGGUCCAAAGUUUAUUGGUAAAUCAUGGUUAGCAACUCAAUUAGCAGAGAGACUAAAUUUAUCAACUGUAUUACAAACUACUUUAGUUCAUGAUCUUAUGUAUACAAUUAUAAAAGAAUUUCAACCAAAACCAAAUGAAAAUAAUAGCGAUAAUAUAAAUAUAAACUCUGUAGAUAAUAAUAACAAUAAUAAUAAUAAUGUACAAAUUAAUAGUAAUCACCCAGGUAAUAUGUUUGGUAUGCCAUCAGAUCCACCAAUUGCAUUCAAAAAUUAUAAAACAAAAGAAGAAUUAAUAUCGGAAUUUAAAAAAGAAUGUGUAAUGAUUAGACAUGGUGUUGAUACAGAUAUUGAAAAAUGUUUUGAAGAAGGUAAAGCCAUCAUUAUAGAAGGUCCACAUAUAGAUCCAAAUUUGUUUGUAGAAUUAAUAUCCGAAAGAAAUAUGAUUUCACCAAUACAGUUUGUUUUUGAAAAAACAAAAUCAAAUGAAGAUUUAAUUAGAUUAGAAUUAGAAAAACAAAGAAAGAAACAUCAACAGCAAAAAGAUUAUAAUGAAAACGAAAAUAUAAAUAGCAAUAAUAAAUCAUCACCAUCGAAACACCUCAUUCAAACUAUUUCCGAUGAAAUACCAACUGAAAUACCUCCAACUGUAAAUGAAAAUAAACCACUACAACCCCAACAACAACAAGAAUCACAACCAGAACCAACAUCAGCAUUACCAAAAGAAGGUGAACAGCCAGAAAUUACAGAAGAACAAAAGAAAUUAGCUCAAGCAGCCCUAUUAAAUAGUUUAAGAAAACCUAAAACCAAGGGUAUUAUUAUACCAUUUGUUUUAAGUAUUAAUCCAGAAGACCAUAAGCUUUUCAUUGAAAAUUGGUUAUCAACCUCACCAAUUGAUCAAAUUACAGCAGAAAAAGCAUUCGGCCCAAAUGCUUCUGUUCAAACUAGAUCGAUUUUAAAUAAUUUACAAACCAUUCAAGAAUAUUUGGUUAGUGGUUGUCCACCAUUUCAAAAAGUCGAAGUUAAUGCACAUUGUCCCGUUGAAACACUAGAUGUUUUACAUAGUGCAGUUUUAAAAAGAAUCAAUACUGCUUAUUCUGGCCAUGUUAAAGGUUUUGAUUACGAAUCAUAA